GCCCCCAGCGCCAACUUGUUCUUCCAGCCGGACCCCUGCUGUCUCUGGGCCAUCUACCGKUGUGAAGGCACCGACAAAGAAGCGGAAGAGGGGAAGUGUGCCACCUGCUAGAGAAGGGACAGAAGGGCGUUGSCACACUGUCCUGGAAGAUGAUGUGGAGCCACCCCAGCCAACUUUCCGACCGAAAAGGGAGCCUGGACCUCAGGUGAACGCGAGCACAACAUACAGCCCACUUGAGCUUUUCCAGUUGUUUUUCACCCAUUCUGUUGUAGGUUCACUCGUGUCUAACACGAAUAAGUAUGGGAAGAAGAAGCAGGCAGGCAAAAAGGUAGCAUGGAAGCCCGUAUCCAUGUCAGACUUUUACUGCUACCUUUCAAUGGUCAUCUACAUGGGGCUGGUGAAGCUGAAAAGCCUGACUGACUACUGGAAGACGUCAUCCCUCUACCGACUGCCUUUCCCCAUGGCUGUUAUGUCCUGCAAAAGGUUUCUGGUUGUUUCACAGGCUCUUCACAUCAGUGACCCAAAGGUUGAUGAAGAGAAUGAGAAGAAGAGAGGCACAGCAACGUUUGAUAGACUGUGCAAAGUCAAACCUCUCUACUCCAGCAUUGUUGAGGCCUGCAAGACCUACUUUCAGCCAGCCCAGAACCUGUCCAUCGAUGAGAGGAUGGUAGCCUCAAAGGCCAGAAUUGGCCUCAAACAAUACAUGCGUAACAAGCCAACCAAGUGGGGUUACAAGCUGUUUGUUUUGGCUGAUUCUGUGUGUGCCUACACAUGGAAUUUCUUUGUCUAUGAGGGGAAGAACACUUGUGCAUCUGGUAAGGGACUUAGCUAUGACUCUGUGAUGGAGUUAUUGGAUUUCCAACUGCUGGGGAAGGGCUACAAGUUAUUUGUGGAUAACUUCUACACAAGCCCUACCCUGUUCACAGACCUGAGGAAGCGGGAAGUGUGGGCUUGUGGCACCAUUCGCACCAACCGGGUGGGCUUUCCGAAGACCAAGGUGAACGACAUGCCUAAGCGGGCUGAGCGGGGGACCAUGCGAUGGAUCCGUGAAGAUGGCCUGCUUUUUGUAAAGUGGAUGGAUACCAGGGAAGUCGUGAUGUGUUCAACUAUACACAAGUCCUUCAAUGGGGAUCAUGUUGCCCGGCGUAUCAAGGAUGGUACUGGGCAUUGGACCACCAAAAAUGUCCCCAUUCCAACUGCAGUGAAGGACUACAACAAGAGCAUGGGAGGUGUGGACCUAUCAGAUGCGCUGAUAGGCUAUUAUAAUGUUCUGCAUAAGACAAUGCGAUGGUACAAGACUUUCUUCUAUCAUUUCGUCGACAUUGCUGUGGUGAAUGCAUUCAUCCUACACAAGGAAAUGGCUAAGAGCUGUGGAAAGCCCUUCCUCACACAGAAAGCCUUCAGAGAGCAGCUCAUCAAGGAGCUUGCUGGCUACAGCACCACUGCACCAAGCCCUGUUCCUUCUGCUCCUGCCACAAGUGUUCAUCUGCCCAGAUAUAUUUGUGCAGACAUGGAUGUGCCUAAGGGCCAAAAGGGCACAGCAUGGAGGCGUUGCUGUGUUGUUUGUAGGAUGAAGUCGCCCAUCACAUGCACCACAUGCUCGGUGACCCUCUGCUUUACAUCAGAAAGAGACUGCUAUAGCAUCUGGCAUCGACAGCAGAAUAUUGUGUAGAGCUUUGGCAAAGUGGGUGGGGUUAUGUUAUAUCUGGAGUACUGUUCCUGUCUUAUCCUGUGUGAAUUUAAGUAUGCUCUCUCUUUCUCUCCUUCUUUCUCUGAGGACCUGAGCCCCAGGACCAUGCGUCAUGACCCCCUGGCAUGAUGACUCCUUGCUGUCCCCAGUCCACCCGACCUUGCUGCUGUUUCAACU